AUGCCUACCUACCUAUCUAAGCUAAUAGCUGUUCUUACUAUUACGAUAUACAUAACUCCAGCAAUAGCGGUGAAUUGCGGUUACUACUGUGGUGAUCCUGAUCACCCUGACGACUUCCAUUCCGAGUUCACCGUUACUUGCUGCGGUGGAAAGAAAGCAAAUCUCGCUAAAAGUGGUGAGUGCAGUCUGCCACCAGGCGCUGCUCGUGAUAGAUUUGCGUCAUGUUGCGAGGGAUAUAAAGCAGCUAAAAGGGAAAUAUGCUAUGGGAAAACUCCAGAGGGUCCACAUCAGUGUGGUAGAGAUGAAUUGUCAAUAGAGUACCAAUAG